ACCACCCAUACACAAAACGCCACAAAUAAUAAUAACAACAACAAUGGAUAGGAUCAAAGGCCCAUGGAGCCCCGAAGAAGAUCAAAUGCUCCAACAACUUGUUGAACAACACGGCCCAAGAAACUGGUCUCUUGUUAGCAAAUCCAUCCCAGGUCGGUCCGGAAAAUCGUGCCGGUUGCGCUGGUGCAACCAGCUCUCGCCCCAGGUGGAGCACCGGGCGUUUACGCCCGAAGAGGAUGAAACCAUCCUUCGGGCGCACGUCCGGUUUGGGAAUAAAUGGGCUACUAUUGCCCGUUUGUUGUCGGGCAGGACCGAUAACGCGGUUAAAAACCAUUGGAAUUCUACUUUGAAGAGGAAGUGUUCGUCUAUGACGAAUGAAGAAUUUAAUCAAUUUUCGGUUCAACAACCUUUGUUAAAAAGGUCGGUGAGUGCCGGGUCGGGUGUACCCGUUUCGGGUUUUUAUUUAAACCCGGGUAGUCCGUCUGGAUCUGACGUCAGCGAUUCGAGCGUGCGCCGACCGCCACCGGUGACCGCCGUUGACGAACCUUCGACGUCGUUGACCUUGUCGCUUCCCGGAGCCGACUCGUGUGAAGCGUCGUCGGUUCCACAUCCGCCGCCGGUUCAGAAGCCGGCGGCGACGAUUUCGUCAGCGAUGCAGCGACUUCAGGUAUCACGGCCGCCUUUGGCGGCGGCGGUGGGUGCAACGGAAAAUAAAUUUCCGGCGGCGGAGUUUUUGUCGGUAAUGCAAGAGAUGAUUAGGAUGGAAGUGAGGAAUUACAUUACCGGCGUAGACGGUGGUAGUGAUGGGUUUAGGGCGGCGACAGCGGCAGUGGAGACCGCGGUGGCAAAUAGGUUUGGGAUUAACAAGAUUCAUUAACAAUGUUUUCAUAACCGGACCGGACAGCAAACUGGAUCUUUAGCAAUGUUUUUAUAACCGGGUCGGACAACAAACGCAAACUGGAUCUUUAGCAGUGUUUCCAUAACCGGAUCGAAGAGUAAACCGGUUCCGUUAUCGAAUAGCAACCAUUAGUACUAAAGCACAGAAAUUAAUUAAUUAAUUUUGUUGGUGGCUGAUGGUCAAAGGGGGGAGGUUGACCAAAAAAAGUGAAAUAAGUUUGUACAGUGAACGGAUUAAUGUCAUGUUUAUUUUGUUAUAAUAGAGUUUAGUUUAAAGCAUGUUGAAAAUAUUGGAUGUCAAUGAUUUAUUAGGGAGAUAUGUUGAUGAAGUGACAUGUGGUUGAAAUUGGUUUA